AUGGAAGCCCAUAAAAUUUCGGGGAAUGCCCUUUCUGAUCAAAGUAUUAAAACAUCUUUAGAAAAAGACAUGUGCAAGUGUUUUAUUAAGGGAUUGAAACCAGAAAUCGAACAAAGAAUAACAAGGAAUUUAGGCGUUCAGGAAACGAUAGGCGACGCGUUACGAAUAGAAAGAGAACUUCAUUCGAUGACAGAUCUACGACAGAAUCAGGAAGGUACAUCAAGCAAGGCGCUGAGUACGAAUAAAUUACGAGAAACCUGUCAGAUUUGUUAUAAAGAAGGACAUUCAGCUGCAAACUGCAGAAAAUUAAAUAAUUUUGGAACAGAAAUUUUAAUAUGUCAAAUCUGUAAGAAACGCGGACACAGCGCUGACAAAUGUCGACUUCGCGAUCCUCAAGCACGACAAUCCGUUAAUAUUUUACAGGGAAAUAACAUUAUUUGCCAAAUAUGUUCUAGAUCAAGGCAUAACGCCAAAAAUUGUCGAACUGAUAAUAACAAUAGUCAGAAUAAACCUUCUGUAAUCUGUCAGUGGUGCGAUAAGCCAGGUCAUUCGGCCAAUAACUGUUGGAAAAAGCAGAAUGAGCAACAUAACGCGGUUAAUAAAGUAAAGAUCGUCUGUCAAAUCUGUAACAAUUUUGGGCAUAAUGCUAAAAAUUGUCGAUCUAAGAUAGGUCAAAACACUGCACCCUCAGACUUCUUAUUCUGGUAUUGUAAAGGGCAAGGGCAUCUCCUCGAAACUUGCGAAUUACGAAUCGCAAGCAAUAACCGAAGAAAAAUGAAUGAACAGGGAAACUCCGGCGACCCCUAG